GAGAAGAAUCCAGGACCUUCAGUUUAUGUAGAUGCUACAAAAACAAUUAAUGCUCCAUACUGUCAAGGAAAUGUUACAGGAUUUGGAGAAAAUGGUGGACAACGAUGUGUCGCAAUUAGUCUGUGCGCUUUAAUUUACAGUAAGAUAACAAAGAUUACUUCAGUUGAUGAUAUGACUCAAAUAAUUAUUGUUGGUAUUCAAUUAUAUUCUAGUCUGUCACUGCUUGCAAGACAAUCUAUGUUAAUGCUAACAGAAUUGCCAGGAAUGGUUACAGUCUUUGAGCAAUUUUUCCACCUUGAAUACAGUGACAGUUACACUUGUAACAUCCAUCACUACUGUAUAUGCCACUCACAGGUUACAGCAUUUGAAACACUUGUGGCACUGAACUACAACUCAUUCAUUUUAACGGUGGCAAUUAUUGGUGUUAGUAUCUACAGCACUGAGGCUGGGGGAUAUAAUGUAUUUGGUUCUCAUGCUAGAGAUAUGUAUCAUAACAGUCAUAGUGAAGGGACAUGUUUAUUGUUGGGAAUACCAUUCAUGCAUAAAUUAGUACAAUAUUUUUAG